AUGGCUGAUCCUUUGUUAACAUCUCUUUGCGGAAUAUGCCACAUAUCGACCCCGAAAUACAAAUGCCCAAGAUGCGGUGCUCGAACCUGUUCCCUCGCGUGUAUCAAGAAGCACAAAGCGUGGUCUGAAUGUUCCGGCGAACGCGACGCAACAGCCUACAUGGCUCCAUCGAAACUUCGUACUCCGGCCGGUGUCGAUCAUGAUUACAAUUUCCUCCAUGGAAUUGAGCGCUCUGUCGAGCGCGCCGAGAAGCUUCUCGUUGAAGAGCGUGGUAUCGUGCAAGAGGAGGAAUUGCGACCGAUGACAGUCCAAGAAGUCAAAUGGAAGCCUGGAAAAGAUGGGCGCAAGCGCAAGGUUCUCGUCACAAGAGUCUUACGCGAAGCUAAAGGCAGAACCUUUGAACGAUUUUUAGCUGCACGAUUGAGGAAGCUGAAUAUCACCAUCGUGUGCGCGCCGCUGGGUAUGGCGAGGCAGAAGGAGAACCAUACUACACUAAAUCGGCGAACCAACAGAAUCAAUUGGCAAGUUGAGUGGAUGUUGUUGGAGCAUCUUCCCGAUGCAGAGCCAAAGAAGGUCCGGGUGUUGUCGAAGGUUAUGGAUGAUGUGCCAAUAUACGAAGCAUACUAUACUUCACUAGAAGAACAACAGAAGGCGAAAGGGCGACAGGCCAAGAAGACCCCACGAGCAGGUACGGACGGACAAGUACAGGACUUGGUGAACUCCACGUGGUCCUCUGGGUCAUUUGCGCUCCAAGAUCCCUUUACAGGUACUUGGACGAAUCAUAACGACACAGAGCCAGGCUUGUGGCCAUCUGAGAAGAUAGAAGCUCAGAAGAAGCAGUUCCAAUUCUUUCUCGCAAAGUUCCGGACCCCUUCGGAUAAGCCUUCUGUUGUCACUAGACUCGACCCCGAGGACUGCCUGCGAGAAGUACUGAGAAAUACGCGUGUGCUGGAAUUUCCCACAAUAUGGGUUCUUGACCAUGAUCAGAGCCUUCCUGAGACCUUCGCACUUGGACCCAAGGAUAAGGCCCCUCAGGAAAGUAACAAGAGGAAAAACCCCCCUGGAAAGAAAGGCCCGUCCAAACCGAACAAAAGAAGAAAUCAGGGUCAGGAUGUCGAAGAGGGUGAGGUCAGGAGUGACGAGGAGGGCAAUGAGUCAGACGAUGGGAUCAACACUGAAUUCAAGGGAGUGAGUCUUGAGGAAGGUGAUGUGAUUGCCGAACAGAGCCUUGGAGAAGAGGAUGAUGACGAUGAUGAGACGAGUAGCUCUGGAAGUGAUAGCGACUAA